CCUCUCUGACCCCGGAAGUGAAGCCCUCUUGCCGUCGCUCAGGAGGAAAAAGAAGCAUGCAGGUCUCCAGCCUCAACGAGGUGAAGAUCUACAGCUUGAGCGCCGGACGGAGCCUGCCUGAGUGGCUUUCUGAUAGAAAGAAGAGAGCACUGCAAAAGAAAGAUGUUGGUAUUUCUAGGAGAAUUGAACUUAUCCAAGAUUUUGACAUGCCUGCUGUUAGCUCCAAGAUCAAGGUAUCACGGGAUGGGCAGUACGUGAUGGCAGCUGGGACGUACAAACCAAGGAUUCGAUGUUACGAUACUUACCAGUUAUCGAUGAAAUUUGAAAGAUGCAUAGACGCUGAUGUCAUUACGUUUGAUAUUUUGUCAGAUGAUUACUCAAAGAUAGUCUUUCUGCUGUGUGACAGAUACGUAGAAUUUCAUUCCCAACAUGGCCGUUACUACAGGACAAGAAUACCAAAGUUUGGUAGAGAUUUCUCAUAUCAUUAUCCAUCAUGUGACUUAUACUUCGUAGGAGCAAGCUCUGAAAUAUACAGGCUAAAUCUGGAACAAGGAAGGUACCUGAAUUCCUUACAGACCGAUGCAUCGGAGAAUCACGUCUGUGACAUAAAUCCUGCACAUGGUUUAUUUGCCACUGGCACUGUUGAGGGGAAGGUGGAAUGCUGGGACCCUAGAACAAGAAACAGAGUCGGGGUGCUGGAUUGCGCUUUAAGCAGUGUGACAGCUGAUAAGGAGAUAGAUGGUCUGCCCUCUAUUUCGGCCCUGAAGUUUGAUGGAACAUUGAAUAUGGCUGUUGGAACAUCCACGGGGCAGGUUCUUUUUUAUGACCUCCGAUCAAGCAGCCCAUUAAUAGUGAAGGAUCACCAAUAUGGUCUGCCUAUCAAAUCAAUCCAGUUCCACAAUUCAUUAGAUUUAAUUAUUUCUGCUGAUUCAAGAAUCAUAAAGCUAUGGAACAAGGACACAGGGAAGGUAUUCACCUCCUUGGAGCCUGAACAUGAUAUCAAUGAUGUUUGCAUAUAUCCUAAUUCAGGAAUGCUGUUCACGGCCAAUGAAGCCCCCAAAAUGAGCAUCUACUACAUACCAGUUUUAGGUCCUGCUCCAAAAUGGUGCUCGUUUCUUGAUAACUUGACAGAAGAGCUGGAGGAAAACCCAGAGACAACUGUAUAUGAUGACUACAAGUUCGUAACAAGAAAAGACCUUGACAAUUUAGGGCUGGCUCAUCUGAUUGGAUCGCCACUUCUCCGAGCAUAUAUGCAUGGCUUUUUCAUGGACAUACGACUGUAUCACAAGGUAAAAAUGAUGGUGAAUCCUUUUGCCUAUGAGGAAUACAGAAGAGAGAAAAUUAGGCAAAAGAUUGAAGAAACGCGGGCACAAAGAGUGCAACUAAAGAAACUGCCCAAGGUUAAUAAAGAGCUUGCACUGAAGUUGAUCGAGGAAGGAGAAGAGCCACAAAAUGCAAGAAAAAAGAAGCAAAAGAAAAUGCCUAGCAUUCUUAAUGACGAUCGCUUCAAAGUCAUGUUUGAGAACCCAGAUUUCCAGGUGGAUGAGAAGAGUGAAGAGUUCAGACUGCUUAAUCCACUUGUUUCCAAAAUAAGCGAGAAAAGGAAACAGAAAUUAAAGAUCUUGGAGCACCAAGAAACCCUGGGAGAGGAAGAAGAGGAAGAACCAGAAGGAAAACCAAGUGAUGCAGAAAGUUCUGAGACUUCAGAUGAUGAAAAAGGUUGGGUUGAAGAGGUCAGGAAACAGCGCAGACUUCUACGCCAAGAGGAAAAAUUAAAACACCAGAAGUGGUUGAAGGAGGAUCAGCAAACAGUCCUGGAACCUAAGUUCUUUGAGAUUAAAGCUGGAGAAGAAUUUAGAAGUUUCAAGGACACCGCCAAAAGGCAAAAGUUAAUGAAAAAAACACUCGGAGAUCGUUUGCAGCUUGAAGAGAGAGUUGGUGCACUUAGCGUACACGACACCACAGUAGGAAGUAAACAAGUUACCUUUAAAUUAAAAAAGUCAGAGCAACAGAAAAAGCAGCAGGAAGCAGAGAAACACCAUCAUCAAGAAAGGCGAAAACUCAGGCGUUCAGCUGGCCAUCUCAAAAGUAAAAGAGGAAGAGGGCGGCCCUUCCAUUAAUAGGACAAUUCUGCUUUUCAUAGACACAAAUAAAAACUCUUCAAGUUACAUUUGACAGAGAAGAACUGUCCAUGGCACAACUGGGUGGCGAAGAAAGAACAAAACCAGGGAAAGCCACUGAUUUGGAAUGGAGAUACUUAUGUUUCUAAGCUGCUGAUUGUAGAACCUGGUGUUUGUUUCAGAUACAACCAUUCCUGUGCUGAGUAGACUUCACCUUUAAAAAAAAUAAAUUUUAAUAAUAAUG